UAUCAUCUGGUGCAGAACAUCACAUGUAUUAGAUUGCGACCGAAACAACUGGCCUUGAAACAACAACAGGCCGGAGCCAGAAGACGAAUUGUGUGCUUCGAGGAUCCCUAUGCUCAGCUGUGUUUGUAUGCGGUGCUGACUAAUAAAAUUAGUCUCGCUUCGUUUUUCUGGACAAAAUCACACCAUCCGGUGAUUUUAGGGCUAAUCUGCUUUAAAUGUGCCAAGAGUUGGUUUCGAUGUUCCCUCAAAACGAAGUUUCAGCUCGAGCAGAAAUGCAAGAGAACUCAAAUGUCUUCAGGACACUGAGUUUGAGCCUUAUUGACUGCUAUUGGAAAACAAGUCAGUCAGUCACUGAGAAAUUAUUGUGCGAAGUAAGCAGAGUUACCGAUUUCAAGUCUAUCGUCGACGUAGCCUCGUUUGUUGACCUGAAAGAGUUCAUUGCCAAACCCUGUGUGCAAAAACUGCUUGAGAGUGAAUGGAAGGGAGGCAUGCGACUGACCCUAGUGGAAGUGGUCAAACACAUGUUGACCCCAUUUCUCAUCAGCAAGCCGACCGAGCCAACAGCCGAACGAAACAAAAAGGCUAUUUUAGAAGAGUUUCUAAACGAAAAUCAAGAAUAUAAAAAACCUGUUUUUAAAAUAUCGACAGUUGCAGCUGCUAAAAAACGAAUGAGCUCGAUAAGAAAACGAAUGCAACGGAAAACUGAAAACGACGACGACGAAGUUUCAAGUGACAAAAGAUUGGCGGCUUUGCUAUUGAGAAGUCAUCCGAAAAAGCAGUCGUCAACUAUCAUCGAUUCAGUUUCUCUAGCGGAACAGGCUUCUGAGAAUGGAAGCAUGAAAAUUUCGAAGCAAUCUGCGACACUAGGGCAUGACGAUGGAGACGACGAUACUAAUGAUGAGGGAAUUGACAGCGAAAUGAAGGCGUCCAACAGACUGAAACGCCUUCAAGUCAUAGCGGAAGAACAGCAGAGCUCUGCCCUUUCAGUGGAUGACUCGUUCGAGACACGGGGAAGGAAGAGCAGCACUGCUCUGUACCACUGCGACGAGUUGACUGACAGCGAAUCAGACUUAGAAGAGCACAGACCAAACCCUGCACUAAACUACGACGAAGACUUCCUGGCCAACUUCGCCGAGAUCAGCGAGAGAACAACAACAGUCAGACCCUCUCUGAAUAGGAAGGGAGGGAGGAGUCAGUUGGAGGAGUGUCUGCCUGAGAGUGUGUGGCUGGGCAUGCAGGGAGGGCAUCAGGGCAGCAGGAGGCCGGCUGCCAGAGAGGGCACUUGGGAUAUGGACGAGUUAGAAGAGAUGCUUGAGCACGCGAUAACAAUGGAAGGAGGCGAUUAUGAAAGUGACAACGGAUCCACUACAUCCGACAAGGCAUCAUCGAUAACCUCCUCCUCUUCCAUCUCCCCCUCUCUCGCCCAAUCCAUCCUCAACUACUAUAGGGCACCAGUGACCAAAUUUGUACUCUAUCUGUUCGCCUAUCUCGGCUUUCUCUUUGUUGUGACUAUGGCUGCUUUUGAAGUCAACAAAGGGCGCGACAGUGUCUUUGGCAUAGUAGCCUUUCUUUUCAUGGCUAGUUAUGCAAUAGAGAGCUACAGACAACUCUGUUUUCAACAGGUGACAUGGCGUCUUAAACUUAAACUGUGGGCGAUGAAUGAGUGGAAUUUGAUAGAGUGGACAUACCUGACCAUAGGCAUGACAGCCUAUCCCCUGGCCACAGUGGACCACGACAAGCCACACUUCCAGUUCCUGUCCAUGCUCAUGUAUGUCGUGACCAUGUUCAUGAUGUAUGUGAGACUGUUGAGGUUCUACCAAUGCAGCUCUAGACUGGGUCCCAUGUGGAUUAUGAUCAGGAGAAUGCUGGUGGAAACAUUAAUAGCCCUGUGUGUGUUCGGGGUGAUCCUCGUCGCCCUCGGCAUCUGCUUCUUCGCCAUCAACGUCCCCCUGCACGAAGAGGACAACCACGUGAUAGGGCACAAUGGCCAAGUGGCAAAGAGGGAUCCCAAAUACGAGGGCUACUAUUCCUACAGUUGGAUAUUUCUGAGACCCUAUUUCAUGAUGUUAGGCAAGUACUUCAGCAAACUCAACGCCAAUGGACGAAACGUCACUGUCACCAAGCUGAUGUCUGUGGCGUUCAUGUUCAUCGGGAAUGCACUGAUGAUGAACUUACUCAUUGCCAUGUACAAGGGCAUCUUUGACCACGUGAUCGAGAAGGCGGACGAGGAGUGGAAGACGGAGAUGUAUUGGCUCAACCACGAGUUCAAAGGGAAGACCAUUCUUCCUCCGCCGUUCUCCAUCUUCGAGUCAGUGUGGCUGAUUGGCUGCAAACUGUUCUGCUGCUGCAAAAAGAACGGACGUCCCAAACAUCAGAGACCCAGCAAGCAGAAGCGUCAACUUCGUCAGAUGCUUGAGGUGUUUGAGAGACAUUGUGUGGCCGAGAUGCUGAAACGGAACGUGACAGAAAGCAGCCCAGAUGACGUCAUAAGAGAGAUGACUCACGACCGGAUGAGCUCGAUCGGAGAGAUCGAUGACUCCAUGUUGAGUGUGAUCAGACUCACAGAGGAACAAGCGAGCAAGAGAGAGGAGAAAAAAGAAGCUUUGAGGAUACUGUUUCUCAAAUCAAUCCGAUGAAUCAGAAAUCUUAAAAUGCAGUUAAAUGUUAAGCAAUUGGAAAUUUUAUAUUUCAAUGAAAUAUAGGUGCAGCAAAAAAGAGAUUUGGCUGAAAAUCAUUUCCAGCUAAUGAACAUUUCCAGAGCCGCCUUAAAAAUUAACUCUUUUUCGAUGUCAGGAGAAUCAUGGCUGCUCCUCUGAGAUCUUUCCAAAAAGUAUAAAUUUAUAAAAAUUUAUAUCUUAGAAGUUAUUUCAAAAACUUUUUUGAGUAGUUCAUAGUGUUUGCGUGUUAUAUU